GCUUCGCUGUACGUGCUUUUCACUGUGAGUUCUAUGCAAAAUGCUGCGUACAGCACACUUGUCGCUCAAUAAGAAGGGGUACGUUACAAAAUCAUAUUAUUUUAUGUCUUGCGUCUAGGUAUCAAUACCUUCCGUUCCCACAUGGCUGGUUUUCCCAGCCUAUUUUGAAAUGUCUCUCAGUGCGUGUCCAUCCUAAAGCUGGAGCUGCUUGCAUUUGAUCGCGUUUAACGGGGCUGCACUGGAAUCCCACUGCCAGUGACCAGUGGGACUCAGAGCCGAAGCUGGUCCGGUGGCUGGGCGCGUCACGGAACCGCGGCUCCUUUUAAGGCGACGCUCGUCACAUCCUCUGUCCAUCUUUGGGCAUGGCGCUGAAAGGCAGGACGCAGCGGGGAAUCCUGCGAGCCGGAGGGUAUAAAAGGAGAGGAGCCGGGAAGCGCCGCCGUGAAACCGGGGAAUCCCUCACACAGUAACAGCGGCGGUACCGGCGCCCAGGGACAGGACACAUCGCACAGUUAUUCGCCAACCGGCUCCUGGAAAGCGGACGAUAUGCUGGCCAACAUGGACUUCGCUUCUCUCGAAUAUUUCCCCUGUAACUCUGAGAAUAGCUGCAGUCCCACGUUAGGGAUUGAAAGUAUUGGAUCGAAAGAGACCGAGAAGGUUUGCAAGGAAAGAGAAUCGCCUAUUCAGUUCACUCAAGAUGGUGCACAAAUAAACCAGAAAACCGAGGCGUCGGAUUUCUUUCUGGACCCAAGCAGAGGCGCCGAAGACGAUCCUGGUUCUCCUUUCGCCUACUCCGGCAGCUUCUACAUGGAGGGCUCCCAGGGACCGCCAUGCAGCAGCGAGUCCCUCCUCAGCAUGAUCACAGAGAUAGUCGGUGUUAGCACCUUGUCCGUCUCCGAUGUGCACAUGUCACUUUCGUCAGCCCAGCCGCUUGACAGCAUCCGCGACGAGAACUUGCCGGGCAGAGGGUCCAUAAGCACGGGGGGCACCGCUCCUCACCCCACGCAAAAUUGCCAUACUCAGCCCGCAAUGGUGUUGGGCCUGCAGGACCCCUCCGCGGUGCAGCCUGGCUUUCAUGCUUACGAAUACCAGACUCAGAGGCCGCCGGUGCCAGACACGUUUCCAGUCGUUGUCAAGAAUGAAUAUGAAAACACUUGCUAUGAAUGGGAUCAUUUCUGUAAACCACAUACUUAUUUGCCAUUGGGCUUCGGGACCGGAAUAGCGACGGAAAGGCGACCCGACCGGGUGGAUUAUAAAGGUUUUGUCCCCGCAUUAGCUCCUGCUGGUCCUGCCUCACAAUCUGCCUUCAAGCCGGACGCCGCUAUUAAACAGGAGCGCUGCUUCGCAUCCAACUGCGCACAAAGUUUUAGAAGCUACCCGCAAAGCGCGAGUCAUGCAGUGAAAGCUGAUCGCAGUGCUGAGAUGAUGGCUGAUCAGCGCGGCAUCUCCUGCACCUCCUCGGCACUGUCGGUCGGGAUAGACGCGCUUCUCUUCUCCGCUCCUGCCUCCGGUGAUGGGCGUAGGGAAAAGACGACACGCAUCAGAAAAACCCCCGCAAACCCACACGCUCCCCCCAAGGAGAAGCCGUUCAUGUGCCCGGUGGAAAGCUGCGACAGACGCUUCUCACGAUCAGACGAGCUGAACCGGCAUAUUCGCAUCCACACUGGCCACAAACCCUUUCACUGCCGCAUUUGCUUGCGGAGCUUCAGCCGCAGCGAUCAUCUGACCACCCACACCCGGACUCACACGGGGGAGAAGCCCUUUUCCUGCGAGGUCUGCGGGAGACGCUUUGCCAGGAGCGACGAGAGGAAGCGGCACGGACGAGUGCAUCUCAAACAGAAGGAGAAGAUGGAGAUGAAAGCGCAGGUCCUCGCAGCCUGCUCCUUUGCGGCACCCGGGAGGAUGUGAUGGAGCCCUUUGCACACGGAGCUCCAAGUCUCCCCGACGUAUCAAGGCUAUAAAGUCGGGACGCAGCAACUGCCUGGAAAGCAAUCCUAAGGAAUAUGAAGGUGUCAGAAAAGUCCUAAAAUAUACCGCUAAGUGUCAGCCAUUCUUUGUAUCCUCAAAGUUUCUGCGGGGCUGUGAAGAUGCUCUCUCAAAGCCCACAUAGGCGUGGGUGGGAGUUCAGGACCCGCCUCUCUGGACAGCUCCGCUGGGGGACACGCACACGAUGAGCACCGAAUUGCGCGACGCCACACUGAUUAUUUAUGGAGCUUGGAUGGACUUUGUGAUACCUGGUGUUUUUUUACUCGUGUGUUUGUGUGUGUGUGUGUUUUUUUUUUUUUUUUUUUUUGCGUGAUAAAACCAUGUUACAGAAUCGCAUGACACUGUUCUUAUACAACGCGUUUGUUUAAAUUGGAUGGCGACACCACCCGCAGAAAGUUGACUGCUUAAUGAGAAAGAAAAAAAACUGAAAGAUUGUAAAGAAUAAACGUAUAAACAGAUCCUUCCUGUCAGGAUAUGAAAAAAAAUCCCUUUGUUGACUUAAACAAUUUAUAUUUCUAUUGAAUUUUGUUAUUUGGAUACAUACUUCAUAUCAUAUGUGAAAUCUUUUGAAUCAAUGUCAAAUAAAUGCUUGUAUUGAUUAUUGGAUUUUUUUCUAAUGGCGUGUAUAUAUGAGUUUAUAUGUUUUUAACAGAUUUUUUUUAUAUUUUGCCCGUGGAUUGUAGCACGGGGGCUAGGCCUAUGUAUACAGGUUUAAUGAAUGUAGGGGGUUUGAUGCAGUAAUUUUAAUGAAUUUGUAAUUUAGCGAAGCUGGAUGCAGUUUGUCCUAACUCAAUGCUGCAAAACAAAACAGCCAGUUUACUAUUUUCCCACGUCAACCAUGCGCGGACAAUACUGUUUCUGAAAAAGAAGUCAAAAUCAAUCGUAUUAGAGGAAUUGCCAUAAAUAAAUAUAUGUUUCUAGUAGUUCAUUAGAACUUGUAAAUGUCCGGGGGCUCUGGGCACUAGGGACGGAGUAUUCGCGAAUGUGACUAUUGUGAAUUGAUAAGCAAUCUACUACAGCUUUGUAGCUGAGCACGUAGCACACAUUGCUGCCAGAUUGAAAGUGUGACUGUACUGUAAAUACAAUCAAAUGACACACGCAAAAGAGAAAUAUAUAUUACAUUUAGGUAGUAUUAACAGAUUUUUACAAUCAGUCUGUAUAAAUGUAUUUAGCAUAAAAUACAUGAAACCGUGUACUUUUAAACAUGUACAAAUGUUUUUACUGUACAGUUGAACGCAUUUUUAUUACAAAAGUUUACGAAUAAAAUGACUGACUUUACAAAU